ACAGUACUUGUGUCCCGGGUAAGUUGAACUACGCAAAGUGGAUUAAAUCAUGGAAAAGUUUAGUGGUGAUGUUUUGUGCAAAGUGAUGAUAACGUUGAUGGUGUUAGCGAGUGUCAACGCGGGCAUAAAAGAUGGAAUGCGCAAUGGUGUGUCGUUUAAACUAACGGAGCUUAUAAGAAAAUUGUUUCCCGUGGAUGAAAAAGUGAUGGAAAGUGCAACGAAGAAUCUGAUACCAAACAUCAUCAAUAAGAUAAAGGAUUAUAUCUUCCCAUCAACCACAACGGUCUCAACCGAAACAACAACUGAAUCAAUAGACUCACAGCAAACAACUGUUGCAGCAAACAUCGAUCAAACAGACGACGCAAGUUCAAAUAAUGAUGAACAACAAACAACAACAUCAGUGCCCGUGGAAGAAAGAGAAACAACGACAGCUGAAGAUGAGGCCGAGACUACAGCUGCCGAGGAAGAGACAGAAACUACGGCGGCUGAGGACGAGGCCGAGACUACAGCAGCCGAGGAAGAGACAGAAACUACAUCGGCUGAGGACGAGGCCGAGACUACAGCAGCCGAGGAAGAGACAGAAACUACGGCGGCUGAGGACGAGGCCGAGACUACAGCAGCCGAGGAAGAGACAGAAACUACGGCGGCUGAGGACGAGGCCGAGACUACAGCAGCCGAGGAAGAGACAGAAACUACGGCGGCUGAGGACGAGGCCGAGACUACAGCAGCCGAGGAAGAGACAGAAACUACGGCGGCUGAGGACGAGGCCGAGACUACAGCAGCCGAGGAAGAGACAGAAACUACGGCGGCUGAGGACGAGGCCGAGACUACAGCAGCCGAGGAAGAGACAGAAACUACGGCGGCUGAGGACGAGGCCGAGACUACAGCAGCCGAGGAAGAGACAGAAUCUACAUCGGCUGAGGACGAGGCCGAGACUACAGCAGCCGAGGAAGAGACAGAAACUACGGCGGCUGAGGACGAGGCCGAGACUACAGCAGCCGAGGAAGAGACAGAAACUACAUCGGCUGAGGACGAGGCCGAGACUACAGCAGCCGAGGAAGAGACAGAAACUACGGCGGCUGAGGACGAGGCCGAGACUACAGCAGCCGAGGAAGAGACAGAAACUACAUCGGCUGAGGACGAAGCCGAGACUACAGCAGCCGAGGAAGAGACAGAAACUACAUCGGCUGAGGACGAAGCCGAGACUACAGCAGCCGAGGAAGAGACAGAAACUACGGCGGCUGAGGAAGAGGCCGAGACUACAGCAGCCGAGGAAGAGACAGAAACUACAUCGGCUGAGGACGAGGCCGAGACUACAGCAGCCGAGGAAGAGACAGAAACUACGGCGGCUGAGGAAGAGGCCGAGACUACAGCAGCCGAGGAAGAGACAGAAACUACGGCGGCUGAGGACGAGGCCGAGACUACAGCAGCCGAGGAAGAGACAGAAACUACGGCGGCUGAGGACGAGGCCGAGACUACAGCAGCCGAGGAAGAGACAGAAACUACAUCGGCUGAGGACGAGGCCGAGACUACAGCAGCCGAGGAAGAGACAGAAACUACAUCGGCUGAGGACGAGGCCGAGACUACAGCAGCCGAGGAAGAGACAGAAACUACAUCGGCUGAGGACGAGGCCAAGACUACAGCAGCCGAGGAAGAGACAGAAACUACAUCGGCUGAGGACGAGGCCGAGACUACAGCAGCCGAGGAAGAGACAGAAACUACGGCGGCUGAGGACGAGACCGAGACUACAGCAGCCGAGGAAGAGACAGAAACUACGGCGGCUGAGGACGAGGCCGAGACUACAGCAGCCGAGGAAGAGACAGAAACUACAUCGGCUGAGGACGAGGCCGAGACUACAGCAGCCGAGGAAGAGACAGAAACUACAUCGGCUGAGGACGAGGCCGAGACUACAGCAGCCGAGGAAGAGACAGAAACUACAUCGGCUGAGGACGAGACCGAGACUACAGCAGCCGAGGAAGAGACAGAAACUACGGCGGCUGAGGACGAGGCCGAGACUACAGCAGCCGAGGAAGAGACAGAAACUACAUCGGCUGAGGACGAGGCCGAGACUACAGCAGCCGAGGAAGAGACAGAAACUACGGCGGCUGAGGACGAGACCGAGACUACAGCAGCCGAGGAAGAGACAGAAACUACGGCGGCUGAGGACGAGGCCGAGACUACAGCAGCCGAGGAAGAGACAGAAACUACAGCGGCUCAGGACGAGGCCGAGACUACAGCAGCCGAGGAAGAGACAGAAACUACAUCGGCUGAGGACGAGGCCAAGACUACAGCAGCCGAGGAAGAGACAGAAACUACGGCGGCUGAGGACGAGGCCGAGACUACAGCAGCCGAGGAAGAGACAGAAACUACAUCGGCUGAGGACGAGGCCGAGACUACAGCAGCCGAGGAAGAGACAGAAACUACAUCGGCUGAGGACGAGACCGAGACUACAGCAGCCGAGGAAGAGACAGAAACUACGGCGGCUGAGGACGAGGCCGAGACUACAGCAGCCGAGGAAGAGACAGAAACUACGGCGGCUGAGGACGAGACCGAGACUACAGCAGCCAAGGAAGAGACAGAAACUACGGCGGCUGAGGACGAGGCCGAGACUACAGCAGCCGAGGAAGAGACAGAAACUACAUCGGCUGAGGACGAGGCCGAGACUACAGCAGCCGAGGAAGAGACAGAAACUACGGCGGCUGAGGAUGAGGCCGAGACUACAGCAGCCGAGGAAGAGACAGAAACUACGGCGGCUGAGGAUGAGGCCGAGACUACAGCUACCGAGGAAGAGACAGAAACUACGGCGGCUGAGGAUGAGGCCGAGACUACAGCAGCCGAGGAAGAGACAGAAACUACAUCGGCUGAGGACGAGGCCGAGACUACAGCAGCCGAGGAAGAAACAGAAACUACAUCGGCUGAGGACGAGGCCGAGACUACAGCAGCCGAGGAAGAGACAGAAACUACGGCGGCUGAGGACGAGACCGAGACUACAGCAGCCGAGGAAGAGACAGAAACUACGGCGGCUGAGGACGAGGCCGAGACUACAGCAGCCGAGGAAGAGACAGAAACUACAUCGGCUGAGGACGAGGCCGAGACUACAGCAGCCGAGGAAGAGACAGAAACUACAUCGGCUGAGGACGAGGCCAAGACUACAGCAGCCGAGGAAGAGACAGAAACUACGGCGGCUGAGGACGAGACCGAGACUACAGCAGCCGAGGAAGAGACAGAAACUACGGCGGCUGAGGACGAGGCCGAGACUACAGCAGCCGAGGAAGAGACAGAAACUACGGCGGCUGAGGACGAGGCCGAGACUACAGCAGCCGAGGAAGAGACAGAAACUACAUCGGCUGAGGACGAGGCCGAGACUACAGCAGCCGAGGAAGAGACAGAAACUACGGCGGCUGAGGACGAGGCCGAGACUACAGCAGCCGAGGAAGAGACAGAAACUACAUCGGCUGAGGACGAGGCCGAGACUACAGCAGCCGAGGAAGAGACAGAAACUACGGCGGCUGAGGACGAGGCCGAGACAACAGCAGCCGAGGAAGAGACAGAAACUACGGCGGCUGAGGACGAGGCCGAGACUACAGCAGCUGAGGAAGAGACAGAAACUACAUCGGCUGAGGACGAGGCCGAGACUACAGCAGCCGAGGAAGAGACAGAAACUACAACGGCUGAGGAAGAGGCCGAGACUACAGCAGCCGAGGAAGAGACAGAAACUACGGCGGCUGAGGAUGAGGCCGAGACUACAGCAGCCGAGGAAGAGACAGAAACUACAUCGGCUGAGGACGAGGCCGAGACUACAGCAGCCGAGGAAGAGACAGAAACUACAUCGGCUGAGGACGAGGCCGAGACUACAGCAGCCGAGGAAGAGACAGAAACUACGGCGGCUGAGGACGAGGCCGAGACUACAGCAGCCGAGGAAGAGACAGAAACUACAUCGGCUGAGGACGAGGCCGAGACUACAGCAGCCGAGGAAGAGACAGAAACUACAUCGGCUGAGGACGAGGCCGAGACUACAGCAGCCGAGGAAGAGACAGAAACUACAUCGGCUGAGGACGAGACCGAGACUACAGCAGCCGAGGAAGAGACAGAAACUACGGCGGCUGAGGACGAGGCCGAGACUACAGCAGCCGAGGAAGAGACAGAAACUACGGCGGCUGAGGACGAGGCCGAGACUACAGCAGCCGAGGAAGAGACAGAAACUACAUCGGCUGAGGACGAGGCCGAGACUACAGCAGCCGAGGAAGAGACAGAAACUACAUCGGCUGAGGACGAGGCCGAGACUACAGCAGCCGAGGAAGAGACAGAAACUACGGCGGCUGAGGAUGAGGCCGAGACUACAGCAGCCGAGGAAGAGACAGAAACUACGGCGGCUGAGGACGAGGCCGAGACUACAGCAGCCGAGGAAGAGACAGAAACUACAUCGGCUGAGGACGAGGCCGAGACUACAGCAGCCGAGGAAGAGACAGAAACUACGGCGGCUGAGGACGAGGCCGAGACUACAGCAGCCGAGGAAGAGACAGAAACUACAUCGGCUGAGGACGAGGCCGAGACUACAGCAGCCGAGGAAGAGACAGAAACUACAUCGGCUGAGGACGAGGCCGAGACUACAGCAGCCGAGGAAGAGACAGAAACUACAUCGGCUGAGGACGAGGCCGAGACUACAGCAGCCGAGGAAGAAACAGAAACUACAUCGGCUGAGGACGAGGCCGAGACUACAGCAGCCGAGGACGAGACAGAAACUACGGCGGCUGAGGACGAGGCCGAGACUACAGCAGCCGAGGAAGAAACAGAAACUACGGCGGCUGAGGACGAGGCCGAGACUACAGCAGCCGAGGAAGAAACAGAAACUACGGCGGCUGAGGACGAGGCCGAGACUACAGCAGCCGAGGAAGAGACAGAAACUACAUCGGCUGAGGACGAGGCCAAGACUACAGCAGCCGAGGAAGAGACAGAAACUACAUCGGCUGAGGACGAGGCCGAGACUACAGCAGCCGAGGAAGAGACAGAAACUACGGCGGCUGAGGACGAGACCGAGACUACAGCAGCCGAGGAAGAGACAGAAACUACGGCGGCUGAGGACGAGGCCGAGACUACAGCAGCCGAGGAAGAGACAGAAACUACAGCGGCUCAGGACGAGGCCGAGACUACAGCAGCCGAGGAAGAGACAGAAACUACAUCGGUUGAGGACGAGGCCAAGACUACAGCAGCCGAGGAAGAGACAGAAACUACGGCGGCUGAGGACGAGACCGAGACUACAGCAGCCGAGGAAGAGACAGAAACUACGGCGGCUGAGGACGAGGCCGAGACUACAGCAGCCGAGGAAGAGACAGAAACUACGGCGGCUGAGGACGAGGCCGAGACUACAGCAGCCGAGGAAGAGACAGAAACUACAUCGGCUGAGGACGAGGCCGAGACUACAGCAGCCGAGGAAAAGACAGAAACUACGGCGGCUGAGGACGAGGCCGAGACAACAGCAGCCGAGGAAGAGACAGAAACUACGGCGGCUGAGGACGAGGCCGAGACUACAGCAGCUGAGGAAGAGACAGAAACUACAUCGGCUGAGGACGAGGCCGAGACUACAGCAGCCGAGGAAGAGACAGAAACUACAACGGCUGAGGAAGAGGCCGAGACUACAGCAGCCGAGGAAGAGACAGAAACUACGGCGGCUGAGGACGAGGCCGAGACUACAGCAGCCGAGGAAGAGACAGAAACUACGGCGGCUGAGGACGAGGCCGAGACUACAGCAGCCGAGGAAGAGACAGAAACUACGGCGGCUGAGGACGAGGCCGAGACUACAGCAGCCGAGGAAGAGACAGAAACUACGGCGGCUGAGGACGAGGCCGAGACUACAGCAGCCGAGGAAGAGACAGAAACUACGGCGGCUGAGGACGAAGCCGAGACUACAGCAGCCGAGGAAGAGACAGAAACUACGGCGGCUGAGGACGAGGCCGAGACUACAGCAGCCGAGGAAGAGACAGAAACUACGGCGGCUGAGGACGAGGCCGAGACUACAGCAGCCGAGGACGAGACAGAAACUACGGCGGCUGAGGACGAGGCCGAGACUACAGCAGCCGAGGAAGAGACAGAAACUACGGCGGCUGAGGACGAGGCCGAAACUACAGCAGCCGAGGAAGAGACAGAAACUACAUCGGCUGAGGACGAGGCCGAGACUACAGCAGCCGAGGAAGAAACAGAAACUACGGCGGCUGAGGACGAGGCCGAGACUACAGCAGCCGAGGAAGAGACAGAAACUACAUCGGCUGAGGACGAGGCCAAGACUACAGCAGCCGAGGAAGAGACAGAAACUACAUCGGCUGAGGACGAGGCCGAGACUACAGCAGCCGAGGAAGAGACAGAAACUACGGCGGCUGAGGACGAGACCGAGACUACAGCAGCCGAGGAAGAGACAGAAACUACGGCGGCUGAGGACGAGGCCGAGACUACAGCAGCCGAGGACGAGACAGAAACUACAGCGGCUCAGGACGAGGCCGAGACUACAGCAGCCGAGGAAGAGACAGAAACUACAUCGGCUGAGGACGAGGCCAAGACUACAGCAGCCGAGGAAGAGACAGAAACUACAUCGGCUGAGGACGAGACCGAGACUACAGCAGCCGAGGAAGAGACAGAAACUACGGCGACUGAGGACGAGGCCGAGACUACAGCAGCCGAGGAAGAGACAGAAACUACGGCGGCUGAGGACGAGGCCGAGACUACAGCAGCCGAGGAAGAGACAGAAACUACAUCGGCUGAGGACGAGGCCGAGACUACAGCAGCCGAGGAAGAGACAGAAACUACGGCGGCUGAGGACGAGGCCGAGACAACAGCAGCCGAGGAAGAGACAGAAACUACGGCGGCUGAGGACGAGGCCGAGACUACAGCAGCCGAGGAAGAGACAGAAACUACAUCGGCUGAGGACGAGGCCGAGACUACAGCAGCCGAGGAAGAGACAGAAACUACAACGGCUGAGGAAGAGGCCGAGACUACAGCAGCCGAGGAAGAGACAGAAACUACGGCGGCUGAGGACGAGGCCGAGACUACAGCAGCCGAGGAAGAGACAGAAACUACGGCGGCUGAGGACGAGGCCGAGACUACAGCAGCCGAGGAAGAGACAGAAACUACGGCGGCUGAGGACGAGGCCGAGACUACAGCAGCCGAGGAAGAGACAGAAACUACGGCGGCUGAGGACGAGGCCGAGACUACAGCAGCCGAGGAAGAGACAGAAACUACGGCGGCUGAGGACGAAGCCGAGACUACAGCAGCCGAGGAAGAGACAGAAACUACGGCGGCUGAGGACGAGGCCGAGACUACAGCAGCCGAGGAAGAGACAGAAACUACGGCGGCUGAGGACGAGGCCGAGACUACAGCAGCCGAGGAAGAGACAGAAACUACGGCGGCUGAGGACGAGGCCGAGACUACAGCAGCCGAGGAAGAGACAGAAACUACGGCGGCUGAGGACGAGGCCGAGACUACAGCAGCCGAGGAAGAGACAGAAACUACGGCGGCUGAGGACGAGGCCGAGACUACAGCAGCCGAGGAAGAGACAGAAACUACAUCGGCUGAGGACGAGGCCGAGACUACAGCAGCCGAGGAAGAGACAGAAACUACGGCGGCUGAGGACGAGGCCGAGACUACAGCAGCCGAGGAAGAGACAGAAACGGCGGCGGCUGAGGACGAGGCCGAGACUACAGCAGCCGAGGAAGAGACAGAAACUACAUCGGCUGAGGACGAGGCCGAGACUACAGCAGCCGAGGAAGAGACAGAAACUACGGCGGCUGAGGACGAGGCCGAGACUACAGCAGCCGAGGAAGAGACAGAAACUACAUCGGCUGAGGACGAGGCCGAGACUACAGCAGCCGAGGAAGAGACAGAAACUACAUCGGCUGAGGACGAGGCCGAGACUACAGCAGCCGAGGAAGAGACAGAAACUACGGCGGCUGAGGACGAGGCCGAGACUACAGCAGCCGAGGAAGAGACAGAAACUACAUCGGCUGAGGACGAGGCCGAAACUACAGCAGCCGAGGAAGAGACAGAAACUACAUCGGCUGAGGACGAGGCCGAGACUACAGCAGCCGAGGAAGAGACAGAAACUACGGCGGCUGAGGACGAGGCCGAGACUACAGCAGCCGAGGAAGAGACAGAAACUACGGCGGCUGAGAACGAGGCCGAGACUACAGCAGCCGAGGAAGAGACAGAAACUACGGCGGCUGAGGACGAGGCCGAGACUACAGCAGCCGAGGAAGAGACAGAAACUACAUCGGCUGAGGACGAGGCCGAGACUACAGCAGCCGAGGAAGAGACAGAAACUACAUCGGCUGAGGACGAGGCCAAGACUACAGCAGCCGAGGAAGAGACAGAAACUACGGCGGCUGAGGACGAGGCCGAGACUACAGCAGCCGAGGAAGAGACAGAAACUACAUCGGCUGAGGACGAGGCCGAGACUACAGCAGCCGAGGAAGAGACAGAAACUACGGCGGCUGAGGACGAGGCCGAGACUACAGCAGCCGAGGAUGAGACAGAAACUACGGCGGCUGAGGACGAGGCCGAGACUACAGCAGCCGAGGAAGAGACAGAAACUACAUCGGCUGAGGACGAGGCCGAGACUACAGCAGCCGAGGAAGAGACAGAAACUACAUCGGCUGAGGACGAGGCCGAGACUACAGCAGCCGAGGAAGAGACAGAAACUACAUCGGCUGAGGACGAGGCCGAGACUACAGCAGCCGAGGAAGAGACAGAAACUACGGCGGCUGAGGACGAGGCCGAGACUACAGCAGCCGAGGAAGAAACAGAAACUACAUCGGCUGAGGACGAGGCCGAGACUACAGCAGCCGAGGACGAGACAGAAUCUACAUCGGCUGAGGACGAGGCCGAGACUACAGCAGCCGAGGAAGAGACAGAAACUACAUCGGCUGAGGACGAGGCCGAGACUACAGCAGCCGAGGAAGAGACAGAAACUACGGCGGCUGAGGACGAGGCCGAGACUACAGCAGCCGAGGAAGAGACAGAAACUACAUCGGCUGAGGACGAGGCCGAGACUACAGCAGCCGAGGAAGAGACAGAAACUACAUCGGCUGAGGACGAGGCCGAGACUACAGCAGCCGAGGAAGAGACAGAAACUACAUCGGCUGAGGACGAGGCCGAGACUACAGCAGCCGAGGAAGAGACAGAAACUACAUCGGCUGAGGACGAGGCCGAGACUACAGCAGCCGAGGAAGAGACAGAAACUACGGCGGCUGAGGACGAGGCCGAGACUACAGCAGCCGAGGACGAGACAGAAACUACGGCGGCUGAGGACGAGGCCGAGACUACAGCAGCCGAGGAAGAGACAGAAACUACGGCGGCUGAGGACGAGGCCGAGACUACAGCAGCCGAGGAAGAGACAGAAACGGCGGCGGCUGAGGACGAGGCCGAGACUACAGCAGCCGAGGAAGAGACAGAAACUACAUCGGCUGAGGACGAGGCCGAGACUACAGCAGCCGAGGAAGAGACAGAAACUACGGCGGCUGAGGACGAGGCCGAGACUACAGCAGCCGAGGAAGAGACAGAAACUACAUCGGCUGAGGACGAGGCCGAGACUACAGCAGCCGAGGAAGAGACAGAAACUACAUCGGCUGAGGACGAGGCCGAGACUACAGCAGCCGAGGAAGAGACAGAAACUACGGCGGCUGAGGACGAGGCCGAGACUACAGCAGCCGAGGAAGAGACAGAAACUACAUCGGCUGAGGACGAGGCCGAGACUACAGCAGCCGAGGAAGAGACAGAAACUACAUCGGCUGAGGACGAGGCCGAGACUACAGCAGCCGAGGAAGAGACAGAAACUACGGCGGCUGAGGACGAGGCCGAGACUACAGCAGCCGAGGAAGAGACAGAAACUACGGCGGCUGAGGACGAGGCCGAGACUACAGCAGCCGAGGACGAGACAGAAACUACAUCGGCUGAGGACGAGGCCGAGACUACAACAGCCGAGGAAGAGACAGAAACUACAUCGGCUGAGGACGAGGCCGAGACUACAGCAGCCGAGGAAGAGACAGAAUCUACGGCGGCUGAGGACGAGGCCGAGACUACAGCAGUCGAGGAUGAGACAGAAACUACGGCGGCUGAGGACGAGGCCGAGACUACAGCAGCCGAGGAAGAGACAGAAACUACAUCGGCUGAGGACGAGGCCGAGACUACAGCAGCCGAGGACGAGACAGAAACUACAUCGGCUGAGGACGAGGCCGAGACUACAGCAGCCGAGGAAGAGACAGAAACUACGGCGGCUGAGGACGAGGCCGAGACUACAGCAGCCGAGGAAGAGACAGAAACUACGGCGGCUGAGGACGAGGCCGAGACUACAGCAGCCGAGGAAGAGACAAAAACUACGGCGGCUGAGGACGAGGCCGAGACUACAGCAGCCGAGGAAGAGACAGAAACUACAUCGGCUGAGGACGAGGCCGAGACUACAGCAGCCGAGGAAGAGACAGAAACUACGGCGGCUGAGGACGAGGCCGAGACUACAGCAGCCGAGGAAGAGACAGAAACUACGGCGGCUGAGGACGAGGCCGAGACUACAGCAGCCGAGGAAGAGACAAAAACUACGGCGGCUGAGGACGAGGCCGAGACUACAGCAGCCGAGGAAGAGACAGAAACUACAUCGGCUGAGGACGAGGCCGAGACUACAGCAGCCGAGGAAGAGACAGAAACUACGGCGGCUGAGGACGAGGCCGAGACUACAGCAGCCGAGGAAGAGACAGAAACUACAUCGGCUGAGGACGAGGCCGAGACUACAGCAGCCGAGGAAGAGACAGAAACUACAUCGGCUGAGGACGAGGCCGAGACUACAGCAGCCGAGGAACAGACAGAAACUACGGCGGCUGAGGACGAGGCCGAGACUACAGCAGCCGAGGAUGAGACAGAAACUACGGCGGCUGAGGACGAGGCCGAGACUACAGCAGCCGAGGAAGAGACAGAAACUACAUCGGCUGAGGACGAGGCCGAGACUACAGCAGCCGAGGAAGAGACAGAAACUACAUCGGCUGAGGACGAGGCCGAGACUACAGCAGCCGAGGAAGAGACAGAAACUACGGCGGCUGAGGACGAGGCCGAGACUACAGCAGCCGAGGAAGAGACAGAAACUACGGCGGCUGAGGACGAGGCCGAGACUACAGCAGCCGAGGAAGAGACAGAAACUACGGCGGCUGAGGACCAGGCCGAGACUACAGCAGCCGAGGAAGAGACAGAAACUACGGCGGCUGAGGACGAGGCCGAGACUACAGCAGCCGAGGAAGAGACAGAAACUACAUCGGCUGAGGACGAGGCCGAGACUACAGCAGCCGAGGACGAGACAGAAACUACGGCGGCUGAGGACGAGGCCGAGACUACAGCAGCCGAGGAAGAGACAGAAACUACAUCGGCUGAGGACGAGGCCGAGACUACAGCAGCCGAGGAAGAGACAGAAACUACAACGGCUGAGGACGAGGCCGAGACUACAGCAGCCGAGGAAGAGACAGAAACUACAUCGGCUGAGGACGAGGCCGAGACUACAGCAGCCGAGGAAGAGACAGAAACUACGGCGGCUGAGGACGAGGCCGAGACUACAGCAGCCGAGGAAGAGACAGAAACUACAUCGGCUGAGGACGAGGCCGAGACUACAGCAGCCGAGGAAGAGACAGAAACUACGGUGGCUGAGGACGAGGCCGAGACUACAGCAGCCGAGGAAGAGACAGAAACUACGGCGGCUGAGGACGAGGCCGAGACUACAGCAGCCGAGGAAGAGACAGAAACUACGGCGGCUGAGGACGAGGCCGAGACUACAGCAGCCGAGGAAGAGACAGAAACUACGGUGGCUGAGGACGAGGCCGAGACUACAGCAGCCGAGGAAGAGACAGAAACUACAUCGGCUGAGGACGAGGCCGCGACUACAGCAGCCGAGGAAGAGACAGAAUCUACGGCGGCUGAGGACGAGGCCGAGACUACAGCAGCCGAGGAAGAGACAGAAUCUACAUCGGCUGAGGACGAGGCCGAGACUACAGCAGCCGAGGAAGAGACAGAAACUACGGCGGCUGAGGACGAGGCCGAGACUACAGCAGCCGAGGACGAGACAGAAACUACGGCGGCUGAGGACGAGGCCGAGACUACAGCAGCCGAGGAAGAGACAGAAACUACGGCGGCUGAGGACGAGGCCGAGACUACAGCAGCCGAGGACGAGACAGAAACUACGGCGGCUGAGGACGAGGCCGAGACUACAGCAGCCGAGGAAGAGACAGAAACUACGGCGGCUGAGGACGAGGCCGAGACUACAGCAGCCGAGGAAGAGACAGAAACUACAUCGGCUGAGGACGAGGCCGAGACUACAGCAGCCGAGGAAGAGACAGAAACUACGGCGGCUGAGGACGAGGCCGAGACUACAGCAGCCGAGGAAGAGACAGAAACUACAUCGGCUGAGGACGAGGCCGAGACUACAGCAGCCGAGGAAGAGACAGAAACUACAUCGGCUGAGGACGAGGCCGAGACUACAGCAGCCGAGGAAGAGACAGAAACUACAUCGGCUGAGGACGAGGCAGAGACUACAGCAGCCGAGGAAGAGACAGAAACUACAUCGGCUGAGGACGAGGCCGAGACUACAGCAGCCGAGGAAGAGACAGAAACUACAUCGGCUGAGGACGAGGCCGAGACUACAGCAGCCGAGGAAGAGACAGAAACUACGGCGGCUGAAGACGAGGCCGAGACUACAACAGCCGAGGAAGAGACAGAAACUACAUCGGCUGAGAACGAGGCCGAGACUACAGCAGCCGAGGAAGAGAUAGAAUCUACGGCGGCUGAGGACGAGGCCGAGACUACAGCAGCCGAGGAAGAGACAGAAACUACGGCGGCUGAGGACGAGGCCGAGACUACAGCAGCCGAGGAAGAGACAGAAACUACAUCGGCUGAGGACGAGACCGAGACUACAGCAGCCGAGGAAGAGACAGAAACUACGGCGGCUGAGGACGAGGCCGAGACUACAGCAGCCGAGGAAGAGACAGAAACUACGGCGGCUGAGGACGAGGCCGAGACUACAGCAGCCGAGGAAGAGACAGAAACUACGGCGGCUGAGGACGAGGCCGAGACUACAGCAGCCGAGGAAGAGACAGAAACUACAGCGGCUGAGGGCGAGGCCGAGACUACAGCAGCCGAGGAAGAGACAGAAUCUACGGCGGCUGAGGACGAGGCCGAGACUACAGCAGCCGAGGAAGAGACAGAAACUACGGCGGCUGAGGACGAGGCCGAGACUACAGCAGCCGAGGAAGAGACAGAAACUACGGCGGCUGAGGACGAGGCCGAGACUACAGCAGCCGAGGAAGAGACAGAAACUACAUCGGCUGAGGACGAGGCCGAGACUACAGCAGCCGAGGAAGAGACAGAAACUACAUCGGCUGAGGACGAGGCCGAGACUACAGCAGCCGAGGAAGAGACAGAAACUACAUCGGCUGAGGACGAGGCCGAGACUACAGCAGCCGAGGAAGAGACAGAAUCUACGGCGGCUGAGGACGAGGCCGAGACUACAGCAGCCGAGGACGAGACAGAAACUACGGCGGCUGAGGACGAGGCCGAGACUACAGCAGCCGAGGAAGAGACAGAAACUACGGCGGCUGAGGACGAGGCCGAGACUACAGCAGCCGAGGAAGAGACAGAAACUACGACGGCUGAGGACGAGGCCGAGACUACAGCAGCCGAGGAAGAGACAGAAACUACAUCGGCUGAGGACCAGGCCGAGACUACAACAGCCGAGGAAGAGACAGAAUCUACAUCGGCUGAGGACGAGGCCGAGACUACAGCAGCCGAGGAAGAGACAGAAACUACAUCGGCUGAGGACGAGGCCGAGACUACAGCAGCCGAGGAAGACACAGAAACUACAUCGGCUGAGGACGAGGCCGAGACUACAGCAGCCGAGGAAGAGACAGAAACUACAUCGGCUGAGGACAAGGCAGAGACUACAGCAGCCGAGGAAGAGACAGAAACUACGGCGGCUGAGGACGAGGCCGAGACUACAGCAGCCGAGGACGAGACAGAAACUACAUCGGCUGAGGACGAGGCCGAGACUACAGCAGCCGAGGACGAGACAGAAACUACAUCGGCUGAGGACGAGGCCGAGACUACAGCAGCCGAGGAAGAGACAGAAACUACAUCGGCUGAGGACGAGGCCGAGACUACAGCAGCCGAGGAAGAGACAGAAACUACAUCGGCUGAGGACAAGGCAGAGACUACAGCAGCCGAGGAAGAGACAGAAACUACGGCGGCUGAGGACGAGGCCGAGACUACAGCAGCCGAGGAAGAGACAGAAACUACAUCGGCUGAGGACGAGGCCGAGACUACAGCAGCCGAGGACGAGACAGAAACUACGGCGGCUGAGGACGAGGCCGAGACUACAGCAGCCGAGGAAGAGACAGAAACUACGGCGGCUGAGGACGAGGCCGAGACUACAGCAGCCGAGGACGAGACAGAAACUACGGCGGCUGAGGACGAGGCCGAGACUACAGCAGCCGAGGAAGAGACAGAAACUACGGCGGCUGAGGACGAGGCCGAGACUACAGCAGCCGAGGAAGAGACAGAAACUACAUCGGCUGAGGACGAGGCCGAGACUACAGCAGCCGAGGAAGAGACAGAAACUACGGCGGCUGAGGACGAGGCCGAGACUACAGCAGCCGAGGAAGAGACAGAAACUACAUCGGCUGAGGACGAGGCCGAGACUACAGCAGCCGAGGAAGAGACAGAAACUACGGCGGCUGAGGACGAGGCCGAGACUACAGCAGCCGAGGAAGAGACAGAAACUACAUCGGCUGAGGACGAGGCCGAGACUACAGCAGCCGAGGAAGAGACAGAAACUACAUCGGCUGAGGACGAGGCCGAGACUACAGCAGCCGAGGAAGAGACAGAAUCUACAUCGGCUGAGGACGAGGCCGAGACUACAGCAGCCGAGGAAGAGACAGAAACUACGGCGGCUGAAGACGAGGCCGAGACUACAACAGCCGAGGAAGAGACAGAAACUACAUCGGCUGAGAACGAGGCCGAGACUACAGCAGCCGAGGAAGAGAUAGAAUCUACGGCGGCUGAGGACGAGGCCGAGACUACAGCAGCCGAGGAAGAGACAGAAACUACGGCGGCUGAGGACGAGGCCGAGACUACAGCAGCCGAGGAAGAGACAGAAACUACAUCGGCUGAGGACGAGGCCGAGACUACAGCAGCCGAGGAAGAGACAGAAACUACGGCGGCUGAGGACGAGGCCGAGACUACAGCAGCCGAGGAAGAGACAGAAACUACAUCGGCUGAGGACGAGGCCGAGACUACAGCAGCCGAGGAAGAGACAGAAACUACGGCGGCUGAGGACGAGGCCGAGACUACAGCAGCCGAGGAAGAGACAGAAACUACAGCGGCUGAGGGCGAGGCCGAGACUACAGCAGCCGAGGAAGAGACAGAAUCUACGGCGGCUGAGGACGAGGCCGAGACUACAGCAGCCGAGGAAGAAACAGAAACUACGGCGGCUGAGGACGAGGCCGAGACUACAGCAGCCGAGGAAGAGACAGAAACUACGGCGGCUGAGGACGAGGCCGAGACUACAGCAGCCGAGGAAGAGACAGAAACUACAUCGGCUGAGGACGAGGCCGAGACUACAGCAGCCGAGGAAGAGACAGAAACUACAUCGGCUGAGGACGAGGCCGAGACUACAGCAGCCGAGGAAGAGACAGAAACUACAUCGGCUGAGGACGAGGCCGAGACUACAGCAGCCGAGGAAGAGACAGAAUCUACGGCGGCUGAGGACGAGGCCGAGACUACAGCAGCCGAGGACGAGACAGAAACUACGGCGGCUGAGGACGAGGCCGAGACUACAGCAGCCGAGGAAGAGACAGAAACUACGGCGGCUGAGGACGAGGCCGAGACUACAGCAGCCGAGGAAGAGACAGAAACUACGACGGCUGAGGACGAGGCCGAGACUACAGCAGCCGAGGAAGAGACAGAAACUACAUCGGCUGAGGACCAGGCCGAGACUACAACAGCCGAGGAAGAGACAGAAUCUACAUCGGCUGAGGACGAGGCCGAGACUACAGCAGCCGAGGAAGAGACAGAAACUACAUCGGCUGAGGACGAGGCCGAGACUACAGCAGCCGAGGAAGAGACAGAAACUACAUCGGCUGAGGACGAGGCCGAGACUACAGCAGCCGAGGAAGAGACAGAAACUACAUCGGCUGAGGACAAGGCAGAGACUACAGCAGCCGAGGAAGAGACAGAAACUACGGCGGCUGAGGACGAGGCCGAGACUACAGCAGCCGAGGAAGAGACAGAAACUACAUCGGCUGAGAACGAGGCCGAGACUACAGCAGCCGAGGACGAGACAGAAACUACGGCGGCUGAGGACGAGGCCGAGACUACAGCAGCCGAGGAAGAGACAGAAACUACGGCGGCUGAGGACGAGGCCGAGACUACAGCAGCCGAGGAAGAGACAGAAACUACAUCGGCUGAGGACGAGGCCGAGACUACAGCAGCCGAGGAAGAGACAGAAACUACGGCGGCUGAGGACGAGGCCGAGACUACAGCAGCCGAGGCAGAGACAGAAACUACAUCGGCUGAGGACGAGGCCGAGACUACAGCAGCCGAGGAAGAGACAGAAACUACGGCGGCUGAGGACGAGGCCGAGACUACAGCAGCCGAGGAAGAGACAGAAACUACGGCGGCUGAGGACGAGGCCGAGACUACAGCAGCCGAGGAAGAGACAGAAACUACAUCGACUGAGGACGAGGCCGAGACUACAGCAGCCGAGGAAGAGACAGAAACUACGGCGGCUGAGGACGAGGCCGAGACUACAGCAGCCGAGGAAGAGACAGAAACUACAUCGGCUGAGGACGAGGCCGAGACUACAGCAGCCGAGGAAGAGACAGAAUCUACGGCGGCUGAGGACGAGGCCGAGACUACAGCAGCCGAGGACGAGACAGAAACUACGGCGGCUGAGGACGAGGCCGAGACUACAGCAGCCGAGGAAGAGACAGAAACUACGGCGGCUGAGGACGAGGCCGAGACUACAGCAGCCGAGGAAGAGACAGAAACUACAUCGGCUGAGGACGAGGCCGAGACUACAGCAGCCGAGGAAGAGACAGAAACUACAUCGGCUGAGGACGAGGCCGAGACUACAGCAGCCGAGGAAGAGACAGAAACUACGGCGGCUGAGGACGAGGCCGAGACUACAGCAGCCGAGGAAGAGACAGAAACUACGGCGGCUGAGGACGAGGCCGAGACUACAGCAGCCGAGGAAGAGACAGAAACUACGGCGGCUGAGGACGAGGCCGAGACUACAGCAGCCGAGGAAGAGACAGAAACUACGGCGGCUGAGGACGAGGCCGAGACUACAGCAGCCGAGGAAGAGACAGAAACUACCUCGGCUGAGGACGAGGCCGAGACUACAGCAGCCGAGGAAGAGACAGAAACUACAUCGGCUGAGGACGAGGCCGAGACUACAGCAGCCGAGGAAGAAACAGAAACUACGGCAGCUGAGGACGAGGCCGAGACUACAGCAGCCGAGGAAGAGACAGAAACUACAUCGGCUGAGGACGAGGCCGAGACUACAGCAGCCGAGGAAGAGACAGAAUCUACGGCGGCUGAGGACGAGGCCGAGACUACAGCAGCCGAGGACGAGACAGAAACUACGGCGGCUGAGGAUGAGGCCGAGACUACAGCAGCCGAGGAAGAGACUGAAACUACAUCGGCUGAGGACGAGGCCGAGACUACAGCAGCCGAGGACGAGACAGAAACUACGACGGCUGAGGACGAGGCCGAGACUACAGCAGCCGAGGAAGAGACAGAAACUACGGCGGCUGAGGACGAGGCCGAGACUACAGCAGCCGAGGAAGAGACAGAAUCUACGGCGGCUGAGGACGAGGCCGAGACUACAGCAGCCGAGGAAGAGACAGAAACUACGGCGGCUGAGGACGAGGCCGAGACUACAGCAGCCGAGGAAGAGACUGAAACUACGGCGGCUGAGGACGAGGCCGAGACUACAGCACCCGAGGACGAGACAGAAACUACGGCGGCUGAGGACGAGGCCGAGACUACAGCAGCCGAGGAAGAAACAGAAACUACGGCGGCUGAGGACGAGGCCGAGACUACAGCAGCCGAGGAAGAGACAGAAACUACAUCGGCUGAGGACGAGGCCGAGACUACAGCAGCCGAGGAAGAGACAGAAUCUACGGCGGCUGAGGACGAGGCCGAGACUACAGCAGCCGAGGAAGAGACAGAAACUACGGCGGCUGAGGACGAGGCCGAGACUACAGCAGCCGGGGAAGAGACAGAAACUACGGCGGCUGAGGACGAGGCCGAGACUACAGCAGCCGAGGAUGAGACAGAAACUACGGCGGCUGAGGACGAGGCCGAGACUACAGCAGCCGAGGAAGAGACAGAAACUACGGCGGCUGAGGACGAGGCCGAGACUACAGCAGCCGAGGAAGAGACAGAAACUACAUCGGCUGAGGACGAGGCCGAGACUACAGCAGCCGAGGAAGAGACAGAAACUACGGCGGCUGAGGACGAGGCCGAGACUACAGCAGCCGAGGAAGAGACAGAAACUACGGCGGCUGAGGACGAGGCCGAGACUACAGCAGCCGAGGAAGAGACAGAAACUACGGCGGCUGAGGACGAGGCCGAGACUACAGCAGCCGAGGACGAGACAGAAACUACGGCGGCUGAGGACGAGGCCGAGACUACAGCAGCCGAGGAAGAGACAGAAACUACAUCGGCUGAGGACGAGGCCGAGACUACAGCAGCCGAGGAAGAGACAGAAACUACGACGGCUGAGGACGAGGCCGAGACUACAGCAGCCGAGGAAGAGACAGAAACUACGGCGGCUGAGGACGAGGCCGAGACUACAGCAGCCGAGGAAGAGACAGAAUCUACGGCGGCUGAGGACGAGGCCGAGACUACAGCAGUCGAGGAAGAGACAGAAACUACGGCGGCUGAGGACGAGGCCGAGACUAGAGCAGCCGAGGAAGAGACUGAAACUACGGCGGCUGAGGACGAGGCCGAGACUACAGCAGCCGAGGACGAGACAGAAACUACGGCGGCUGAGGACGAGGCCGAGACUACAGCAGCCGAGGAAGAAACAGAAACUACGGCGGCUGAGGACGAGGCCGAGACUACAGCAGCCGAGGAAGAGACAGAAACUACAUCGGCUGAGGACGAGGCCGAGACUACAGCAGCCGAGGACGAGACAGAAACUACGGCGGCUGAGGACGAGGCCGAGACUACAGCAGCCGAGGAAGAAACAGAAACUACGGCGGCUGAGGACGAGGCCGAGACUACAGCAGCCGAGGAAGAGACAGAAACUACAUCGGCUGAGGACGAGGCCGAGACUACAGCAGCCGAGGAAGAGACAGAAUCUACGGCGGCUGAGGACGAGGCCGAGACUACAGCAGCCGAGGACGAGACAGAAACUACGGCGGCUGAGGACGAGGCCGAGACUACAGCAGCCGAGGAAGAGACAGAAACUACGGCGGCUGAGGACGAGGCCGAGACUACAGCAGCCGAGGAAGAGACAGAAACUACAUCGGCUGAGGGCGAGGCCGAAACUACAGCAGCCGAGGAUGAGACAGAAACUACGGCGGCUGAGGACGAGGCCGAGACUACAGCAGCCGAGGAAGAGACAGAAACUACGGCGGCUGAGGACGAGGCCGAGACUACAGCAGCCGAGGAAGAGACAGAAACUACAUCGGCUGAGGACGAGGCCGAGACUACAGCAGCCGAGGAAGAGACAGAAACUACGGCGGCUGAGGACGAGGCCGAGACUACAGCAGCCGAGGAAGAGACAGAAACUACGGCGGCUGAGGACGAGGCCGAGACUACAGCAGCCGAGGAAGAGACAGAAACUACGGCGGCUGAGGACGAGGCCGAGACUACAGCAGCCGAGGACGAGACAGAAACUACGGCGGCUGAGGACGAGGCCGAGACUACAGCAGCCGAGGAAGAGACAGAAACUACAUCGGCUGAGGACGAGGCCGAGACUACAGCAGCCGAGGAAGAGACAGAAACUACGACGGCUGAGGACGAGGCCGAGACUACAGCAGCCGAGGAAGAGACAGAAACUACGGCGGCUGAGGACGAGGCCGAGACUACAGCAGCCGAGGAAGAGACAGAAUCUACGGCGGCUGAGGACGAGGCCGAGACUACAGCAGUCGAGGAAGAGACAGAAACUACGGCGGCUGAGGACGAGGCCGAGACUAGAGCAGCCGAGGAAGAGACUGAAACUACGGCGGCUGAGGACGAGGCCGAGACUACAGCAGCCGAGGACGAGACAGAAACUACGGCGGCUGAGGACGAGGCCGAGACUACAGCAGCCGAGGAAGAAACAGAAACUACGGCGGCUGAGGACGAGGCCGAGACUACAGCAGCCGAGGAAGAGACAGAAACUACAUCGGCUGAGGACGAGGCCGAGACUACAGCAGCCGAGGACGAGACAGAAACUACGGCGGCUGAGGACGAGGCCGAGACUACAGCAGCCGAGGAAGAAACAGAAACUACGGCGGCUGAGGACGAGGCCGAGACUACAGCAGCCGAGGAAGAGACAGAAACUACAUCGGCUGAGGACGAGGCCGAGACUACAGCAGCCGAGGAAGAGACAGAAUCUACGGCGGCUGAGGACGAGGCCGAGACUACAGCAGCCGAGGACGAGACAGAAACUACGGCGGCUGAGGACGAGGCCGAGACUACAGCAGCCGAGGAAGAGACAGAAACUACGGCGGCUGAGGACGAGGCCGAGACUACAGCAGCCGAGGAAGAGACAGAAACUACAUCGGCUGAGGGCGAGGCCGAAACUACAGCAGCCGAGGAAGGGACAGAAACUACGGCGGCUGAGGACGAGGCCGAGACUACAGCAGCCGAGGAAGAGACAGAAACUACGGCGGCUGAGGACGAGGCCGAGACUACAGCAGCCGAGGAAGAGACAGAAACUACGGCGGCUGAGGACGAGGCCGAGACUACAGCAGCCGAGGAAGAGACAGAAACUACGGCGGCCGAGGACGAGACUACAGCAGCCGAAGAAGAGACAGAAACUACGGCGGCUGAAGACGAGGCCGAGACUACAGCAGCCGAGGACGAGGCAUCUACGUCUUCUGAAAUUCCAACCACUACUGAAGAACCCAUUGAUGAGUGUAUGGAGUAUUCACCACCUCCACCCGCAUUGAAACAUUUGUAUGUGAAAUUGAAGCCACAUUUGAAUGUUUCCUCAAGUUCACCUACUCCAGCGCGUAAGAGUUACCCUAGCUAUAGAAAGCUCAUGAAAGACAUCAGUAAAAUAUCUCAAGGAUCAGGAUCGUUCAAGCAACGGGUGGAGGGAGUGGUCCAAAAAUUCCAGGCGGCCAUCAAUGAGUCCGUAGCGUCGCAGUUGCAAUUCUUCGAAUCCACCCGUGUGAACAUGCUGUUUCAGUUGAAAAACUUUGUACAGAAAUCUUUCAACGGUUUCACCGACCUGGUAGAUCGUUCGUUCAAGAACAGUGGCGUAUGCACGGGAAGAAGCAAGGAGUGCUGGAACAAACUGCAGGCAGGUCUGCCCCGCUUCAUGGAGGACAUGAAUCAAGAGAUCGUAACCUGUGACGACAUCUUCAACGCGAACAUGGAAAACCCGCGCGGCGUCUCGGUACGGCGGGCUACGAUGCAGCGGAUCAGCCAGGAGUUUGGCAACAUUCAGUCAAAGUGUCUUAGCUCGGCACAAAGCAACGCGGCAACAUUCACCUGUCUAAUGAAGAGUCUUCCCCACUACGUGCCGCGUAGUGCGGCAUACUUCAGCAGCCUGCAGAACGUAAUCAGCCAGGGCACGAAUCUGAUGAGCUACAUCACCUCGAUGGCGCAAACCUGCUACCAAACGGCGUACAACACGCGUACCGAGCAGUUCAACAACGGCAUGACCAAGCUGAACCGUUGCGUGCAGGGCGAAAACGCCAACAACGUGGAGCUGAACAAAGAGCUGGACAAAUAGGCAGGCAGAGCGCGCGCGCGUGUGUUGUGUUGGCGCUCGUAAAAGUUUGAAAUGGUCCACACUACCGGAAGCUGUUAUCAUAACGACAUAAUCUCUGCUUGGAAUGUAACUUACCGGAUGGGGAGGGAGGGGGCAUGUAAAAAGUCUUCAAAAGCA